CAGACACGGUCGCGUUUAUCGAUGAUUACAGAUAAAGGUAGUUUCGUGUUACUGUAGCGCGAUUUUUUAGUUUUAAAUCUUUUCUAUGUUAUUUUAAUGUGAUGACCAUUAAAACUGCUUCUCUCUUCCUCAUAAAAGUAUCAGUAGUUUAAAAGUGUUUUAAGCUUUUUUUAAGGAGUGAGUUUCAAAGACAAUACUUAAAACAAUCAAAUGUAUGUUAAUUUUACCAGUUAUCAUUAAUUACAGCUUAUUUAUCAGCAUAGAUUUUGAGAGAUUUGAAGACCUUGAACAGUAUAUUUUUAUCCUUACACACAUGGCACCUAUAAUGGUGUACUCAAAGGCGUACCAGCUAGGCCGGUAACAUUGACGAGUGAGAACCCGAAAGUAUUAAACUCGGUUGGCCGCGCGGUCCGCAGCAGCUGCAGCAGGUGACGAUUCCGGGUGACCCGGCAAAUGUGGCUCUGUGCACGGUGAGUCAGAGUCUGGGGGCCCGCGGGGCCCGCAGGGGCACCACCAGCUCAAACUCCUCGCCGUCGGCUCGCGAGCAGAGCGUCCGGCUGCAACUGAGCCCACGAAACCUGUGCGCUUCUCAGGUUCAGACAGCAUCUGCUACAGCGCAGCAGCAACAACAACAACAACAACAACAACAACAACAACAACAACAACAACAACAGCCGACCAAUGCAACUAACGUGCCUCAGCAGGGACAGCAGCACCAACAACAGCCGAUGCCGCGUGAUCAGGGCGCCGGCCAAUCGUUCGAGGAUGGACAAGGCCUCGAGGAGCCGAUGGUACAGAUCGAGCGGGGGAAUCUACGCAGCACCUGGAUAUGUUGCAUGCCGUGUUACUGGCUGCGGCGCAACCAAGCCGUACACAAGGCGCUACUCACUUUUGCGAUGCUACUCGUGACGAUCCUUCUUGUCGCCAGUCCCGUGCUUUUUCUCAUUACGACUCUGCCGGAGGGAGAGCAGCCGCGUGAAUGCGCAGCACUCGACGAGGCGUGUAUCAGGGAACGUGACGGUCCAGAGGGGAUCUGUGAAUCACGUGCCUGCCACGAAGCUGCCCAGCACAUGCUCGGCACAAUGCACCGAGGCGUGGAUCCCUGCAAAGACUUUUAUCAGUUCGCCUGCGGCAAUUUUCACAAUCAGCUGCCCUAUCAGCCGACCACGAGCUUUGCUGCCUUGCAAGAGCAGGUCGACGAUCAAAUACAGCGGAUACUGCAAAACGAAACGGGAAGAAUGGGUGGAGCAUUCACAAAGCUUGGUCAAUUUUAUAACAGCUGCCUUGAAUUCAAAGAAAAACCCGUGGUCUUUGCACCGGUUUACAAGCUGCUGAAUGAGUUGGGAGGUUACAUUUUGCCAAAACGCGAGGGACCGCCAGAUAUAACGCCUUUGAUCUCAUCUCUUUUAAAAAUAUCUGGUGCUCCAUUGUUUGAUCUUUAUAUUGACGCAGACCUGUAUGACCACACUAGGGCUGCUGUGUUCUUGGAUUUACCGAAAAAACCCGACUCUGACGUACUCGGUAAUGAUGUUCCGGAGGACACAGUGAGGCGCCGCAGAGGACUGCAAGGUCUCGCCGAGGAGAAGCGCAGAAAAAGAUCUAAUCUGGUCGAGAGCAAAGCAUACACGGUCAUUAAGAAUAGCCGAGAGGAGAAGCGCUCCGACAAAAUACAGAAGAUCAUUCAAGGGCUGAUACCCAGUGACAUGGAACCGAAGGAGAGAUCGUCGGAGGCCGAUAAACUGCUUCAAUUCUGCCUGGCUCUCAACAAGAUAUACCCCAGACACAAGGACAUUUACAACUGGAUCGACAUCGAUCAACGUAUCUACGUACCGUACAAUCUUUCGUACUUGCAAGAGAGUUUCGGUUAUAUAAGGUGGGGAAUGCUGCUAAAUUUGACCCUGGAUAACGCUACUGCCGAUCUGUACAAUCACGAUCGUUAUCGUGAAUACAUCAACGACGAUCAGCCUGCCUACGUCUACGUGACUGCUCCUCAUUACUUUCGCAGUCUCGGCAAGCUUUUGAAUCGCUUCUCCAAACGAAUGAUACACAAUGGACUACUGGUACUUUAUGCCACGGACAUCCUGCAUGACAUCGUGAAUGUGACCGCCAACGAAAACUGGAGCGAGAACUGUGUCAGGUUGACUAAAAACGUUUUCAGCGAUGCCGUUGGGAUGCUUUACGUUCAACAGUACAACUCUGAUUAUUUGGAACUUUUGGUGAACAGGGUCGGAGUAUUGUUCGAGCGUAUUAAAGAGACACUCGCCGAACGCAUGCUCGUGAUGCCGUGGUUGGACGAGGAAACGAGAACUCAAGCUGUUUUCAGACUACGCUCUUUACGAGGGAAUUUCCGAAUUUGGCCAGGAUAUCUCAAUGAGAGUUUAUGGGCACACGAAAUGGCAAAGGUUGUCAUCGAUGAAGAUGAUUUUUUCUCAACCGUCCUGCGAAGAUUCAGACAAAUUAGAACCACGGAAAGCCAAACGAAAAGAAAUGCGACACACAAGUAAGAGAGAACAACUGAGCAUCAUCAUGACCAUCAUCAAACCAUUGUAAAAAUGGCACCAUCCAUUCACUGUCAGUGCAUAUUACGAAGCCUCAUCGAAUUCCAUUG